UUGGCAGCACUGGUAACUAGGAAUGGAAUGAUCCACUAUCCACUCACUGCUGUUCACGCGAGUUUUGCAAGCGCAGUUUUGUCAAAUUCUGCUUGUAAUUUGUUGAUUCUCGAUAACAAAAGACAAUUCAUCGGGCAACAAGUUAAUAAAGCGAUCAACAAUAUGGGCAAUGCCUCUUCAAGCAGCAGCUCAAGGGAGAGACACAAGUCUGGAGACAGCCUUCCUCCUUGCUCACCAGGCAAAAUCGAUGGGCACGCAUUCACCUUUGACAAAAAGCCGCUCAAUCGAAUCCAGAUCGCACAGCAGCACUCGAAUGAUGACGAGGCGCCGUACUUCACAAAGCCAUCGCCAGCCUCUUCACACCCACAGGAUCCAGAGUUCCAGAUGGAAACCAGACAGAGAUCGGCAACUGUUUCGGAAGGCUCGAAAGUAAACAAAAACAAAAAAGUAUUGCCGACUGUUUUCAAAUGGGAAGGAGGAGGAAAGCAAGUCUACGUUAGUGGUACCUUCUCUAACUGGAAAACAUUGCCAAUGGUCAAAAGUCAAGGGGACUUUGUUACAAUUGUCGAUCUUCCCGAGGGAGAGCACGAGUACAAAUUCCUAGUUGAUGGCGAGUGGAAACAUGAUUCUGGAAAAACCAUCACCAACACCAAAGAAGGUAGCAAGACCAACAUGGUGUCUGUAAAACAAUCAGAUUUUGAAGUUUUCCAAGCUCUGGCAAUUGAUUGUGAAGCUUCGGAAGCACAAAUGCAACAUGAAUAUUCUCAAGAAAUUCCUGUUAAUAAACCGUGGGAAAAAGUGCCAUCGCCACCAGUUCUGCCACCUCACCUUCUUCAGGUUAUUCUCAACAAGGACACUCCACUCUCGUGUGAACCGACUCUGCUUCCUGAACCAAAUCAUGUGAUGCUUAACCAUCUGUACGCCCUGUCGAUUAAGGACGGCGUCAUGGUACUCAGUGCCACCCACCGCUACCGCAAGAAAUACGUCACCACUCUACUCUACAAACCAAUCUGACUUUAAUGACUGGGAAAAAGUGUUAAAUUGUUGAUAAUUUUUUUUUGUUGCAUUGCCAUUAUAAUUUUUAAUCCACUCGACAAUUUUGUAACACUCAAGUAUCAUCCGGGGAUGAUAAUAUAUUUCAAAAUUAAUAUUAGCGGGUCUUAUCUGCAGCAAGUGCAAUUACAAAGAAGUGGUGUCUGUAAACUCCAAGAUUAAAUUUGUGUUAUUUUACGAAUAGUUUGCGUUGACAUUUUUGCUUCAAACACGCAGUUAUGUUAUCUCUUCUUGUAAACCCUUAGGGUGUAGUCUUGUUAAAGUGAUUUAUUUAAUUGGUUAUAAUCUCUGAAAUAGAGUUCCAAGAAAAUCUCAUGUUCUGCAUUAGCCAAGAAAAUGUAUAUUUUUAAAGUAAUAAAAAAAAUGUUUCUGUCAGAAAUAUUCAGUAUUGCUAUUUUGGGGUUCAUGAGAAUUAUAAAAUUAAAGUGCAUAAAUAAACCGCUCAAUUGCGAGCAGAAAA